AAACAACUCUAAGAUUCAAAUCAGAGACUCCGAACAAUCCUGGGCGACGUUUCUACGGUUGUCCAAAUUAUAGAGCUAAUGGAUGUGGAUAUUUUGAAUGGCAUGAUGAAGCUUUACCGGUUUGGGCCAAAGAUUUGAUAAACGAGAUGAAGUUAGAAAGAAAAAUGUUAGAAAUGGAGAAUAAAAGACUCAAUUUAUUGAGAGUGAAAAUGCCAAAUGACUUGGUAGAUCAAGAAAUACACCAGCUGUGGAGGGAAUUAGAAAAUGUGAAGAAGCAUGCUACUGAAAAGGGAACCUCAUUGGCAUAUGAAGCAACAAUGAAGAAGCAGAAAAAGAUAGCAUACAUUUUUGCUAUGAUUAGUUGGCUAGUAUUGAUAAUUGUCAUAGUAAAAAAAUUGUGAGAUGA